AACGAAACAUAUAUGUCAAUUUCCCGUGCCGCUACCCGCAAACAUCUGCGAGGUUAUUUUAUUUUAAUAUAAAUAAUAAUGCCCGAGCAGUAUUUAUUAUAAUUCGAAAUAUUGUACUCCAGGAGUUGUUAAAAACGUUUAUGUUCUAACGAUUUUUAGAUUCAACAUCUUAAACGAUAAGUGUGGAAACUAAACUGAAAAAUGUACGCAAGACUCCCCAAUCACGGCUGGAGGAACUUCAGAGCCAAAAUCACAUCUCAAAAUAUUAAUCCUUACAGCAAUGGGAUUUUAAAAAAGAAAGAAGUCCUCAGCAAACCUGUUCAGCAAGGAAAAGUUCUCCAUGGCUUCCUUUGUUCCGAUGUUGAAUUCAUAAAAGAGUACAACAUGACUGCUUACUUUUUGACUCACGAAAAGACUAAGACAGAGUAUCUGCAUUUAGAACGAGACGAUCCUAACAAUGUGUUUUCUGUAGGUUUCCGCACAACACCGUUGGACUCCAUGGGCACUCCUCAUAUCCUAGAACACACAGUACUAUGUGGUUCAGAAAAAUAUCCAGUCCGUGAUCCAUUUUUCAAAAUGCUGAAUAGAUCAUUAGCUACCUUUAUGAAUGCUUUGACAGGGCCCGAUUAUACAUUCUAUCCAUUUUCGUCACAGAAUGAAAUAGAUUAUAGAAACCUUCAGAAAGUAUAUUUAGAUGCUGUUUUCAAACCUAACCUGGCUAGGAUGGACUUCCUUCAAGAAGGUUGGAGGUUGGAGCAUGCAAAAUUAGAAGAUAAAAAGUCCGAUUUAAUGUUCAAGGGAGUUGUUUAUAAUGAAAUGAAGGGAGCAUUUUCAGAAACUAAUUCUCUUUUCGGACAAAAGUUUAUUAACACAAUUCUACCUCAAGGCACUUACGGAUAUGUCUCCGGUGGAGACCCAUUGCACAUUCCAGAAUUAACACAUGAGCAUUUAAAGAAAUUCCAUGCAACACAUUACCACCCUAGUAACGCUAGAAUCUAUUCAUACGGAAAUUUCCCUCUAGAAGCUAAUCUGAAGUUUGUUAAUGAGGCAUAUUUAAGCAAGUACACAUAUUUGGAUCCAAAAAAUACUAUAGUAACAAAACAGGAAAGAUGGAAGAUACCAAAAACUUCUGAAUUGGUUUGCCGUGUUGACCAGUACGGGGGUCCUAUUGAAAAACAGAACCAAAUAGCUAUAGGCCUUGUCAUGUCAGAUAUUACAGAUAUCUAUGAGACUUUCAUGUUGACAGCUUUAGCUGAACUUAUGAUAAUAGGCCCAAAUUCGGCAUUUUAUAAAAGUUUGAUAGAGAAAAACAUUUCUGGAGGUUACAAUGGUCUGACUGGUUAUGAUAACCAAAUCAGAGACACAUUAUUUGUAGUUGGAUUGAAGGAUGUGGAAGUGAAUAAAUUUGAGAUGGUUGAGAAGAUUUAUAAACAAACAAUUGAGGAGCUUUACGAAAAAGGUUUUGAGAAAGAUCAUAUUGAAAGUGUUUUGCAUGGAUUUGAGCUGUCAAUCAAACACCAGUCACCUAAAUUCGGUCUAAAUGUAUUGUUCAAUUUGAUGUCACUCUGGAAUCAUAAUGGACCAGUUUUGGGAGCUCUAAAAGUUAAUGAACUGCUUUCAAAAUUAAAAAAAGAUUUGAUGAACCCAGCAUAUAUCAAAGAUGCGAUCGAAAAGUACUUCAUUUUGAAUAAUCACAAAUUGACUAUGACAAUGAGACCUGAUCCGAAAUUCGAUGAUAUUUUCAACGAUGCUGAAUCAAAACUCCUCAAAUCUAAGACAAAGGCUUUAAAAGUAGAAGACAAAGAAAGAAUAUAUGUUGAAGGCAUAGAGCUAUCCAAAGCUCAGAAGAAACAGGAGAAUUUAGACGUAUUGCCGUGCCUUAAGUUAGAAGAGGUCACUCUUAACAAAACUGCCCCACCUCUAAAACAUACAGUAUCUGGAACUAUUCCUUUACAAAUGUGUGAAGCUAAUACAAAUGGCGUUACUUAUUUCAAGGGAGUUCUUGGCACUGAAUGCCUUGACGAUACCCAAAGACCUUUACUUCCAUUCUUCAACUACAUUUUGGGGAAAUUCGAUACGAAGAAAUAUAAUUAUAGGGACUUCGACAAAUACGUCAGCAAGUCUACCUCAGGCUUGACAGUACUGACGCACAUAACUCACCACAUUGACGAGAAAGAUGCUUAUGAACAAGGCAUAGUCAUCGACAGUCACUGCCUUGACGAAAAUCUGCCGAAAAUGUUGGAUAUUUGGCGCCAGAUCUUUGACAAGCCGAAUUUUGAGAACAGUGAAAGAAUGUCGAUGCUUUUGACGAACUAUUGUUCCUCCCUUACGAACGGAGUAAUCGAUAGCGGUCACACGUACGCUAUGCAAGCUGCCAGGUCUCUUAUAUCGUCCGUUGACGAAUGCAAAGAGAACCUUCUAGGUCUGCAUCACGUGAUCAAUAUGCAGACAAUUCAAAAGACUGAUAUAACAGAAAUCCAAAGUGUCGUUGACAAAAUCGCCCAGAAAGUCUUCAAAGGCAGCAACUUACGCGCCGCAUUCCAUUUCUGUAAUACAAAUAAGGUUAUAGACAAGGAAGUGGAGACAUUUUGCAAGGCCUUGUGUGAAGAAGAGGGUCAUGAUGUUAAUCGCAUAAAUUGGACCGACUGCAAGGCUAUGCCUAAAGAGAAUCGCGGUCUGCAAAUCGCUAUGAAUAUACCAGUUAAUUUCUGCGCAAAGGUGAUACCUACAGUACCGUACACAGACCCAGAUUAUGCUAAAUUGCGGGUACUUUCACGCCUAUUGACUUCCAAGUACCUCCAUCCAAUAGUUAGGGAGCAAAAUGGAGCAUACGGUGGCGGCGCUUCGCUAUCCCUUGACGGAAAUUUCAACUUUUAUUCGUACAGAGAUCCGAACACAAAAUUAACUCUAGAUACCUAUGAUAAAGCUUCUGGCUGGCUGAUCAAUAACAAAAGCAUAAUCGACGAUCAAAAUCUUUUCGAAGCCAAACUGUCGAUCUUGCAACAAAUGGAUCAACCUAUAGCUGAAUACAUGAAAGGAAUAGAUCUAUUCUUGUAUGGACUAUCGUACGAUAUUUGGAAGACUCAAAGAGAAAGGGUUUUAGGUGUAAAGAAAGAGGAUUUGCUUGAUGUCUGUGUGAAGUACUUAGCUCCAGAAAAAUGGGCGGGCAAAUGCGUGAUCGGAGAUAUUGAUUUGGAUGCCUUGAAGAAAGGAAAUGAAGUAUGGACGAGGAUCAGUGGACCGCAGCAAUAGAUUCUGUGAUACGGAACGUAGCUUUAAAAUCUUAAGACAAAGAUUUGUUUUUUUGGCAAAAAAAAGCGGGUAGUGCUAGUGCUAUAGCAGUGGGAAAUAUUUUUGAAUCGCGUUUGGCACUAUCUUUUUUCUUCAGUCAAUAACACUCGAAAAUGUAUUUAGUAAAAGUUUUUGCCUGGCUAGAAUAACGUUUCCGGCCAAAACAAAAUGUUAUAUUAUUAGAUGUUUUAAAAAUCUAGGAAGAAGUAAAAAGUAGGGUAUGUAAAGAAGUUUAACAUAGGAUGUACUCAGUCAAGUACAAUUCAUAUAUGUAUAUUUAUAUCCAUCUGAGAUGUAUACAAAUUUUGCGGUCAGUGGCGUAACUAUGGUGGGGCGUCGCGUGUUACAACUGUAUACUAUUUAGGUCAAAUUUUUUAUUGUGCUAAUAACUGCGGUUUCGAUAGUAAGAGUGACGUUCCGCGAGAAAAGAUACUUUAUGGAGGAAAGUAGCCAGUAGUAGUAGUUUCACCUGCCCAAUGCGCAUAAUACGUCGUAAGCGACUGUCACAAAUCUUGAAAUGUUAAUAGAAGGGAAAUAAUUCAUAUUUCCCCCCACCGUAGUCACGCCAAUGCGCGGGGCCUAGCCCGUUUAAAUGUUCUUUGCAAUAAAGCUUUAUUUAUUUGAUGUCGACCGUCAAGAUUGUUAAUAAAAACUAUAACUUUUAUCUCA